GUUGGAGGCCCUCUCACUCGGUCGACGUCUCCCGAAGAGAACAACACGUGCGCGCGCGUACCUUCGGAGAUAUAUUCUUUGUAAAAUCGUGAAAAUACUCGAGCCUAGGAGCUAGUUACUUAACUGUCGUUAACUUUGUAUUGGUUAAAAAUCAUCAGAAAUCGAAGAAAAUUGCGCUUAAUACGAGCAGAGCGCUAAGUCCUCGAAAUUUCUAAUAAUUAUCGUCGUCUGUGCCUCGCGAGUGUCCUUCGAAUUAACGUGUGAUAAUGAUAUCAAAGUUUGAAGUAUAAUAUUAUGAUUGACCGAGAUAAAUAGGAGUAGCCGAUAGAGGGAAAGUGUUUAAAAUUGUGGUGAAGUGCGACGAACUGCAAUCAAAUGAUCUCCUUCGUUUUCAGUAACGAGGAUAACGGUCUUGGGCAGCUGGCACCGGGAAGUCAGGCGUAAGGGUUAUCGCGAUUGCCAGUGUAGUGUCCAGUGUGCCAUGCGUAACGACUGCCAUCAAGGAGCACUGCGAGACGCCUCAUUUCUUUCAAAUUAUUUGCAAAUCAUUUGCAAAAUUAAAAAACUGGAAAACCUGGAAAGCCCGGAAAGCCCGGAAAGCCUGCGGAACGUUCAUUUCAGAAGUAAUUGACUCUAUCGACCGUAGGCACUGCCGACUGUAACGUUUCUCGAGAGGACCGCCACAAUUACUUUCGGUGGAGUGUGACUUUUCUUCUGUUGUCAUUGUAUAAGUCGAUGUUACGAGAGGGGCUGGACAAUGAAGAUACCACGUGAAUAUGGCAUAAAUAGAUAACGAAGAGGGCUAAUACGCGUAGAAGAGACUAAAGUAUCCUCAACGCAUAAGGGGGAUAUUAUAAUUUUCAAAUGCGCAAGGGCUCACGGCAAUGACUAUGAACACCGUGGCCCUCAGCCUCGGCGAAACAAGCUGCCAUCAGCCAACAGCUGUCCUCGCUCCGAAAAAUAAUCAUCGCCAACAGAAUCAUCGGCCAAAGGACAGCAAUUGGAAUAUGUCAUCGAGCAUGCCCUCGCAAUCGCACUCGCUCUCGCCCUUGCCCUCGACCUCGACCUCACCCUCAUCAUUAGCUUCACAGCUGACCGCGACAACGUCGUCCGCAGCGUUCACCACCUUCCUCGAUAACAAAACCGAGAGUACAAGCAAAGGAAGAAAGUCUUGGAGCGUACGAUUGGGACUCAGUAGGCAGACUCAAGGCUCACAGCAUCGACGAAAAGUUGCUGAUCAUCGUACAGGAGGUGUCGACGGUUGUGGAAACGUCGAAAGUGCCGGAAGUUGCAGAAAUAGCGGUGGCAGGGUCGCUUCUGAGACAGCCGGUUGGGGCACCGUUAGCGGCGCUAGCGCCCUAUCCCAACAAAUGAUCUACGGAGCUGAGCCGUGGCUCUACGGAACGAUGCGUUCAAGGAGGAGUCAACCGUCCACGGUGCCCCGGGGUUUCUUGACUUCAGCGCCACCGCCGCAAUCGGCAGUGCCACUGCCACUGUCACUGCCGUUUACACCGGCACCGACACUAACGCCAACGCCAACGCCAACGUCAACGCCAACACUGGCUCCAGCUCCUGGAACCGCUAUUCUCAUCGUCUGUUCCUGUCCCGAGUUCCUCAGUGGUACAACAAGAAAGCUCGGUAAUUGUCGUAAAUGCGGAGGCCACCGACUCGCUGGGUUUCCGCCUCUCCGCGGUCCAGGCUUCGGUGGAACUUGCCGUCCGACAAUCAUCUCCUCGCGCUCUCGUCCAAGUUUGGCAGGUAUCCUCAAGUCUUCGGCGGAUGACCCCUAUGACCUCAUGCGAAGGAACCGUCUGGUGGACCCGCGAGCGAAUCGAGCGCACAGCAUUUCUCCACCUCGUCAGGUUAUUUCAAGCAAUUCCCGAAGUCAUAGUGUUUCCCGCACUUCAAAAGAUCAGAACAGAGGAUCGCUGGCGCUAAUGAUGACGACUACCGCAUCAGGGACGACACCGAUGUUACCGUUAAUGUCGAGGGACAGAGGCAGAAUAACAUUGUUGAACAGCCAAGAUACGUCUGUAUCGUUGAAUUCAAGAUCCGAGUGGUUCGAUAUGGGCGAUCAAUUUGAAUACGAAGUCGAAGAGAAAUUGCAAUCUCAAUACGACGUGACGUCAGAUACUACAGAUUGGCAUAACAGUGUAGCGGGUCAUAAUUUGGAAAAGGUUUCGUUUGGUAGACGUUCACGCUUCGAUGAGCUAUAUACCGAGGAACGAACAGACUGGAUUCUCGAAAGUUCCCCUUCUGCAAAAAUUGGUGAUCACAAUCAGCCAAAUGCCUUCUCAUUUGCUUCUGCGACGGUUGCUCCGAUUAUGUCCGACUCACGAAGGAGCAUACUUCAGUGCGACGUUAAUCCCUAUAAACUUCUAAAGAGACAGCAACACCGUCAUCGACAACGUAUUCCCACUCGUGCAAGAUACGCUGAGGCUUGCGUUAUUCGCGAUAUUCGCGACAUUCGCGCUAAAAAGAAUGCUGUCCACGGUGUUACCGAUACCAAAGAUACGAAUGGUCAGGACGGCAAUGACGGCGGAAACGAUAACAACCCCGACGGUGACGAUGACGAUGACGAUGACGACGACGACGAUGACGACGACGAUGACGACGACGACAGUGACGACGACGACGACGGCGGCGACGACGAUGACGACGAUGAUGAUAAUAAAGAUUACAUCGAUGAUGACGAUAAUCUUUCCGAUAAUGCUCUUCAAUGCGAUGAUCAUCUGGCAACGUUAUUCGACUCGUCGAAAGUCAAAUCUAUCGAAAGAUUGCCGACUAAGAGAAGUGCCGUAGCUGCGAUAGGUGGUCAAAGAAUAAGAAUCUUUAACGAAUCACAAGAAGGUUUCGAUAACAACAAUAACAGUGACGAAAUGAUCGAUAAUAACGACAACACUGACGACGAUGAUAUUGCCAGACACGAGAACAUUUAUACGGAGCACUGCUUUGCGGAUGAGAAUUCAAUCCGUAACAACUUGUCGUUCGCUAGAAUACCAAUUCCGAAGGUGUCGCCAAAACGGCCACCCAGGCGACACAAGUCUUCGAGAAAUCUGCCGCCCAGAGGCAUACUCAGGAAAAAAAAUCGAACCAUUCGUCAUAACGAUAGCAACGAUCGUGAUGAGAAAAAAAUUAAGAAUGUCUUAUUUAAAGUGAACAACAUGAUUCUUGCACCAGAGAAGCUUUCGUCGGGCACACUAUCAAGGUGUGUCACAGACACGACAAGCACUGGUGCGUCUACAGGUGCAGCUACAAGUACAACCGCGACAGCGGCUUCGCGGAGCAAUGUCAAACCUAAAACCAGUAAAAAUAGAGGUAACAGUCAGGUAAGACGACAACUUGAAAAAUUCUCCCUUUCGGAUAGACCCAGAUUGAUAAGCAUUCCAAAUAUCAAGGAGUCCAAGUGUCUACAGUAUAGAAAAGAUGAAAGGACGACCGCCGUGCAAACCGAAUUAAAAUCGACCGUUAAGCUUCUUGAGAAAGAGACAAGUACGAGAGCCGCGAGAUCAAAGAAUGAGAAAGAAAUUGUUGCGCUAAGAGCGGAGGACGAUACUGAGCUCGAGAUCGAAAUCGAGGAACUGGAGAAUUCAGCGGUCGGGCCAAGAGUUGCCGCGGACGAGCUGCAGGAUCUCAUUCGACAGUCAGAAGAGUGCAUUGGCAGAGCUCGGUCAUUGAAACGGAGCGAAAGCGAACGCUCGAUUACAAAACCGGCGUUUACAGCAGGCAAGGUGCUCUUCUCCGAUACGAUGCGACUCAAAUUCUACAAACGGAUGAACGACCUAUCGACGACCGAGGCACCUCCGUCAAGUUCCCUGGCAAAACCAUUCGUCGUCAGAAGCAUCGCGGAAAAGGAAGAAUUGCCGAGGCGCGUGUCGACUUUUCAAGAAUAUUCGACGACAGGUGUAAUAAAGAAAGGAAGCGCACCUCGAUCUCCAAUAAAAGUCGAGUCAGUCGAGAAAUUUCAAAAAAUAAAAUCCUACGAGCAGUUACCGCGACCGGCGUCGCAAUAUUGCUCCGGUGCGCUGGGAUUAGCUGAUUUGCUCGAUGAUUCGGUGAAAACAGUCUUUGAUGACGAGAGAGUGUCAUCGAAUUUCUCAAGAAAUUCGAGAAAGAGCAGGCCUUCGGUGACACCUGACAUACCGGAAUCUGAGAAUAUCUGCAAAAUUGAAGUCAGUCCGUUGCCAUCGACAUCCUCAUCGCCAUCUACGUUGCAGCAGCCGCUCAUUCAUCGACUGCAAGUGGGCGCUCACUUGUCGCCGACGUCCUACUCGCGACAGACCUCUUCCGUUAUGAUAAACCGAGAGGAGUGCGAACACCUAGAAGGAAAGGAGAAACUGUGCCCGCGAUAUCAGCAGCAGCAGCAGCAGCAGCAUUCUUCUCUGGAGAAUAAGGUGACAAUAAGCGUUGGCGGCGAAGAUAGCCUUAGCAAUUCCACGGUAAUUUCCGUAAACUCGAGUGACAACGCGGAAAUAGCGUCAAAAGUACAGAACACCGUACCAGAAAAUCGUACACUGGUAAUUUUUGACGAAAACGGCUCCAACAUCGUUGUCGAGCCCUUCUCAAAAGAACUUGACGCUACCAAAAAAUGUCUGGAUAGAAAUGCCGCGACUUCCUCGCAAAGAAGGAAGAUCCCUACACCAGCACCAGUACCAGCAGCACCAGCAGCAGCAGCAGCAGCAGCACCAAAAGAACCAAGACCAGAAAGAAGCGCCGCCGAUCGGUUGAUGAAGGAAGCAACGAUCUCAAUACUUCUUGAGAACUCCCUUAAGAAAGCUAAGGAAAAGGGCCAAGUCCUCGACGAAAGUAGCGGAGAGGCAAUCUUGAAGGUUCUUAAAGAAACUCUUCUAAAAUCAAGCAGCCUUCAAUCCUCCGCGUCUGCCACUGACCUGCUCUUAAAUUCUGAUAUUACUUUCAUCAAUGCUCACAAUGAAAAUCCCUAUGAAGAUAUCAAAGAACCGAAGGAACCGAUCUACGAGGAGAUUCCAGAGAUCCUGUCACCCUCCCAAUCGUCAUCCCUAUCCCCGUUCCCUUCGCCAUCGCCAUCGCCAUCUUCGUCCUCGUCCUCGUCAUCUUCGACCACAUCGUCGCCGUCGCCGUCGUCAUCGCCAUCGCCGUCUUUCGCGCUGCCACCACCUCUGCCCCUUAAUCCUCCACGAUGCAAGACGGCAACAGCAGCCUAUCUAAAGCUGACAAGUAACAUCUACUCUCAACCCGACGACGUCGUUAAUACUAAGUCUAGCAGUAUAAACGAAUGCAGGAGUAGCCAAAAGAAAUUGCACGUUUCUCCUUCGUUUCUCCAUUUCCGCCAUCCAGAUGCAUUCGCGGAACUCUUGCCUAAUUUUAAGGAGCCAAUCAAUGAAUCCGCCACCUCAAAUAAUAUCCCCGGUACGACAAGCGCAACUAGCAAACGGGAAGCUACGCUCGCGAUAAAUGCGCCUACCGAAGCACCCUACUCCGAAUCACCGUCUUACUUUUUUUUCUUAUCGAAAGAGCCUGCUUCCGAGGACAAUUUAAAUAUUCUCAAUUUUCUCGUUGAUUCGGAAAAUCGUCAUUCCACUCGGAAAGUUGGAAAGUCCCGCUCGGAGGACAGAGGAAACAAUGAGAACAAGGAUCAGAGGAAAAUUGAUAAUGGGAACGAAAACGAUUGCAAGCGUGAAUACGAUAAUAUUCGUGCGCACAAUCAGCCAGAGCAGAAUGAGAAGGAAGGAAUAGAAGAGAUACAGAGGAGACAAGACAACUUAGGUAAUCAGGAGGACCGAACCGAGGAAGUCUCUGUGGAAGUGGAAGUGGAAGCGGAAGAACUUGACGAGGUCGAAGAUGGAGAACUCGAAGCACUGUACGAACAAAAGGAGACCAGCCUCGGAGAUUUGAGCUCGAAAAGUUCACAGAUAUCCAAUAAUUCGGAUAGCAGCAGCGAAGAUUGCCACUUGAUGCUACUGAAUUCAGCGAAAGAAUUGAAGACGACGACGGUGGAGAUCGAGCGAACUGACAGUGGCGUCGGUUCCGAAAGUAGCCAGGCGAGUAGCGGCGGUGGUGUCCUCAGACGUCGGAGGCUAGGUGAGAGCCCACAGGGUGACCUUCUUGUUCGCCACGUUCCACUACUCAGCUCCGCCGACGCGAAGCUCUGCGAGGAUUGCGAGCAACGACUCGAACCAUUCGUCAUGGACAGUGGUGUCGCCUACACGCCUUUUGUCUGCCGUAAGUGUUUGAAAAAGAGAGCCGAACGAAAGGAAAUUAUCACGGAGAUCGUCGAGACCGAACAAAAAUACGGCAGAGAUCUACAAAUCAUCCUCGAUGAGUUCUACAAGCCGAUGUCACGUGCUGGACUUCUCACGCAAGAUCAGCUGUCCGCGAUCUUUCUUAACGUCGAGGAGCUUCGCGAGCACAGUCUGCAUCUCGCAAAAAAGCUCAAGGAUGCCGUUAUAAUCAGUCAGGAAUUGGACGACGAUGACCUGAUGAUGGUGGACGUGGGAAGGAUCUUUCUCGAGUCGGAAAGAAUGUUACACGCCUUUGAAAACUAUUGCACGCGACAAGCAGGCGCGAGUCUACUUUUGCAAAAUCUUGAGAAAGAAAAAGAACUUCUAAGGAUAUUUUUGAAAGUCUCGCAGAUGGAAAAUACUGUCCUCCGUCGGAUGAACCUCAAUUCUUUCCUCAUGGUACCGGUGCAACGUGUCACCAAAUAUCCUUUGCUACUGGCGCGUCUCCUAAAAGCGACACCGUCCCUGAGGACAGACGUCCAAGAAGCAAAAAAUAAAUUGAAGCAAGCCCAAACGAACAUCGAAAUGCAUCUGGAGCAUAUAAAUGCCGAAGCCAAAGAUGUCACCUCGACGAAACUUUGGCGAAGAAUCUCCAUCGUACAGAACGGUCGUAGGUUCGCAGGCGAGCAAGACAUGGUCAACAUUAAACUGCGAAAGACUUUGGUCGAUAUUCAACAGAUAGCUGUUCAAGUACUCGAGUGGGCCCACGAGGAAGCUAGAUUCGUCUUGGAAGGUCGUCUUCUGGUUGCUCAACCAACGGACAACAACUGGAGACGCGGUCGAACCGUUAAACUUUCCCCGGUCACAGCGAUGCUCGUCACCAACGGACAGCCAACAAACGCAGAAAGAUUUCUCGAGGUGAACAACGACGACGAGGACGACGACGACGACGAUGACGACGACGACGACUCCCUCUUCCCGCCGCGGACUGGGAUCAAGGAAGCAACAUUGCUGCUCAUCAAGGAAAAAGUCGGCCGUUACUCGUUACUCAGGGAGCCGCUGUACCUCGACAAAUGUAUUGUAUGCUGCGAAACGAGCUUUGAGGAUUACUUCGAACUCCAAGAACUUUUCUCCAAAGAAACUCUUAUAUUCAAGGCCGAAGAUGGAGCUAGAACGAAAAGGUGGUGUAGAACCUUGCAGAUCCACGCGCAAUCGCUCGGUGCUUGGCGUCGGCGCCGUGGUGCCUUGCCCAACAUCAUGAUCUGUGGCGUUACUAGAACUUAACUGCAUUCUUAUUUCAUUUAAAGAAGGAUGCAGAAAAUAGAGAUCGAUAAAUGUGUAUAUAGGUGAAUGGGGAAAUAAGUACAACGAAAGUACAGACGCCGGACGAACACACACUGUUAGGCGGAUGAUGAAUGAAAGUAAAAUUUGAAGACAAAAAAAUACCUAUCGCUCCAUACACGAUAAUAUGACUUGACUUAUGUAUAGUAGCAAUAGAAAGAGACCCCAUUCACGUUCAUUUUCUUAUAAUUUAUUCUAUUCUUCGUUUAUCUCGCCUCUCGUCAAUGACGCCGCCAAGAAACGUCGACAGACCCUCAGAGCUUUCCAUGUGAGAUUACAGUGCGUUGCAGAGACUUUUGUCUCCUACGACACUGUCAAAUAAUAAACAUACAAAUACGUA